AUGCAGCAGCUGCCGCCGGGCCUGGGCAGGAGAGCGGUGCAGCGCCAGGCAGCCUUGCAGCUCUCCCCCCCCAGCUGCAGCGGAGGCAUGCGCCCCCUCAAGUGCGGCUGCUGGAGGCUGAUGCGGCGGGGAGACUGCAGCGGUGCAGCUGCAUCGUGCAUGCCGGGCUUGCGGGCGCUGGGCGGCUGCGGCCCCACCUCCUCGGCCCUGCGGCGGCUCAGCUGCCUGCCGUGCAUGGGCUGCGAGCCGGGCGUCCGCUCCAUGGGCUCCAGCUGCAGCUUCUGCAGCAGCGACCCCAUCGUGAGCUACAGGGCCCGUGGUGAGGGGAGGGGCCGGGACCACGAGGCCCAGAGCCAGCGCCCGCAGUCCGGGCUCAUCCUCGACUGCCGGGGGCUGGUGGAGUUCACCAAGAUGCAGUUGCACGGAGAAGGGGCAGGGUCAGGGGCAGGGUCAGGGGGGCACCAGCCCAGGCUCACGGUCUUCGACCUCCUGUCUGGCCGCAACGCCUGGUGUCCCCCGGCCCCCAACACCGGCAUCAAGACGCCACAGGCCACUCGGCCCUUCCGACAGCCCUGCAAGCCCACGGCCCCGCACUCGCUUCACCUGCUCCUCAACCCACUCGGUGGGCUGAACAAGAGGGCGGCUACUCAAGGUCCGGCAGUGAAGGACGUGCCCCCAGACGCACCCACAGCCUCAGCGCCCUCCCUCCCGCUGAGCCCUGAGGUGGAGAGCGCGGAGCUCAGCCCCAUCCUGCCCUUCCUGUACCUGGGCAGCGAGCACGACGCUCAGGACCUCGGCCUCCUGCGGCGACUAGACGUGGCCUAUGUCAUCAACGCCACCACCCACCUUCCCCUCUACCACGCCCCCGCCCUGCGCUACAAACGCUUCCCCGUCAACGACAGCGGCCGCCAGAACCUGCGCCAAUACUUCGAGGAGGCCUUCGAGUUCAUAGAGGAGGGCCGGCAGUCGGGCAAGGGGGUGCUGGUUCACUGCCAGGCAGGAGUGUCCCGCUCGGCAACGCUAGUCAUCGCCUACCUGAUGAAGCACACCCUGAUGACCAUGACGGACGCCUACAAGUACGUGAAGGGCAAGCGGCCCAUCAUCUCGCCCAACCUCAACUUCAUGGGGCAGCUGCUGGAGUUCGAGAUGGACCUGAACGAGGGGCUGUCACCCCGAAUCCUCACCCCCAGGCUGAGCGGCCUGGAGACCCAGGUGUAGGGUGUUGGUGUGGGGGUGGG